CGUCGAGGCGGGCUGAGCAAGCCGUGGUGAGUUGGUAGUUGUCGGCGGUUAUGAAGCGAGGGACAGGAGGGGACCCGUUGUGAGGUGCUACAAAGGUAUAUAAAGGUCGUGUCGACCAGACCUUUCGACUAAUGGCUGACGGGAUUAGGCUCCGCCGCUGCAGAGGUCAGACCUGGUUCGCUGCAGCCGUGACCGUGGGUUGUGACCUGUCGCCAUAUUGGUGCUGCCGAGUUUCUCCAGUACUUUCUGAUUAUCAUUCAGUCCUCCAGCAUCCGCGCUACUUUGCUUUUGUUCAAGAAAUGGUGGAGACAGUGCCACGAGUUUGGAUUUCGUCGUGAUAGGAUUUACAGCUCGGCAUACAGACGGUGAUGACUUUUGUCUUGACCUUUCAGAGAGUAUCAGAAAGAGAGCACCUGCGAGUGAGAGAUUCAAAACCAACUCAACAUCACACCCAAAUAUAUUAGCGUUAUUUGAUUCAUCAGGACCUCAGUGGCAUUGGCCCUUGAAUGGGGAAGUCGAAAUAUUUGAUCUGUCUUUGGGAAACAUCAUUAUGAGUGGAAAAGUACCAUGAUACAUACAUACCUAAGUGACUGUUUUCCAGUGAACUGACUGUGAAAAAAGCUUUAACCAGUUACAUAUCCUGAAAAGAAAUCACAGCAGGGAGAAACUGUACAUGCGUUCCAUAUGUGGACAAGGCUUACUUUGGUCAUUAAACCUAGAGAGAACACAUGCACACCCUCACUAUGGAAAAACCAUGUAAAUGUUGGGACUGCGGGAAGGGAUUCAGUUACCCAUCCCAGCUAGAAACUCAUCGACGCAGUCACACUGGGGAGAGGCCUUUUACCUGCACCCUGUGUAGGAAAGGAUUUGCUUUGUCAUCCAGCCUGCAGUUACACCAGCGGGUUCACAGUGAUGAGCGACCUUUUAAAUGCACUUACUGUGGGGACUGCUUUAAAAUCUCUGCAGAUCUAAUUAAGCACCAGCUUGUUCACACUGAUGAGAGGCCGUUUGGUUGCUCUUACUGUGAGAAACGAUUCAGACAGUCAUCACACCUCAUUCAACACCAGCGGGUUCACACCGGCGAGAGGCCUUACACCUGCUCCGUGUGCGGGAAGGGAUUCACUCAUGCAUCUAACCUCCGGACACACCAGAGAGUUCACACUGGGGAGAAGCUGUUCACUUGCUCAGUGUGUGGGAAGGGAUUCACGCAAUCAUCCAAUCUCCGGACACACCAGCGAGUUCACACGGGGGAAAGACCAUAUACCUGCUCUCGGUGUGGGAAGGGAUUCACGAAUUCAUCCCACCUUCUGACACACCAACUUGUUCACUUUGAUAAGAGAGCUUUCAAAUGUUCUGACUGUGAGAAGAGCUUCAAAAGCAAAAAGGAUCUGCUGAUACACCAGCGAAUUCACACUGGGGAGAGGCCAUUUACAUGCUCUAUGUGUGGAAAAGGAUUCACACUGUCAUCCAACCUUCUGACACACCAACGCACCCACAGUGAGGAGAAGCCAUUCACCUGCUCCAUGUGUGGGAAGGGAUUCAAUCGAUCAUCGAACCUGUUGAGACACCACCGGGUCCACACCAGCGAGAGGCCAUUCAACUGCUCUGUGUGUGGGAAGGGAUUCACUCGAUCAUCUCACCUGCUCAGACACCAGCAAAUUCAUGAAUGACUUUAGAGUGUUAUAGACUGUCGUUAAUUAUAUCCUUUACUUUGUUUUUUUUAUUCCUUCAUGGAAUGUGCAUGUCACUGGCUAGAUCAGCAUUUACUGCUCAUCCCUAGUUGCCGAGAAAGUGGUGGUAAGUUGCCUUUUUAUGAACAAAGUGCUGCAGUAACACCCCCAGUACUGUUAUGGAGGGAGUUUCAGAAUUCUUACCCACAACACUAAUGGAACUGCAAUAUGGUCAGUGACUUACAGGAGAACUUGCAGAGGGUAGUGUUCCCUUGCAUAUGCUAUUCUUGUCUAGCUGAAAGUGACCAUGGAUUUGGAAAGUACUGUCUAUGAUUCUUCCAGAGUUCGUUGUGACAGAGAAUUCCAAAGAUUCCCAACCUCCUGAAUUAAAAAUAAAUGACUGCAGCUCAGAUCUAAGUGGCAUCCCUUUGUCUUUAAAUUGUGCCUCUGGUCCUAGACUCCCAAACUAGGUGAAACAUCUUAUCUGCAUUUACCCUGUGUAAAUUUCAAUGAGAUCACCUGUGAUUCUUCUAAACUAUGCAAUACACAUCCCGUUUGCCCAAACUCUCAUAGGAUCGACCUGCCAUCCCGGGAACAAGUCUGGUGAACCUUUGAUGCACUCCCUCUAUGAAAAUAAUAUCUUUCCUGAGAUUAUGAGAUCAAAACUGCGAAAUGACUGCUGGACUACCCACACCUCUUGGCAUCAGGGUAGCCCACAAACCCACCAACACACUCAAACAGCAGCUAAUGAACUUAAAAGACCCUAUACAGACAACAAGCAAAACGAACGUCAUCUACAAAAUACCUUGCAAGAACUGUGACAAACACUACAUUGGACAAACAGGCAGAAAGCUAGCCACCAGGAUACAUGAACAUCAACUAGCCACAAAACGACAUGACCCACUAUCACUAGUAUCCUUACAUACAGAUGAGGAAGGACACCACUUUGAUUGGGACAACACAUCCAUCCUAGGACAAGCCAAACAGAAACAUGCACGGGAAUUCCUAGAAGCACGGCAUUCCAACUGGAACUCCGUCAACAAACACAUUGAUUUGGAGCCAAUCUACCAUCCUCUGACAAAAAGAACAGGAAAUGACAUCACCAACCCAAGGAAACCUAAACAUAUAAAUAGAAAGCGGGACAUAACACCAGCGCAUCGUCGGAGGCUCACUGAUGAUGUUACCUAGAAUGGUGACGAAACGUCUGAAAACUAACCUUCCAGCUCAGCGAGCAAACUCACAUCCAGAACCUCAACCUGAGCUACAAAUCUUCUCAAAACGCCUUGAGUGUUGUUGGAGUUGCAUUCAUCCAGACAAGAUCUCACCACCCUCCUGAACUGUGUUGUUUAGAAGAUGGACAGGCUUUAGGGAGUCAGGUAGUGAGUUACUCACUGCAGGAUUUCAAGUUUCUGUUCUGCUGUUCUAGACACAGAAUGUAUAUGGCUGGUUCUGUUCAGUUUCUGUUCAACAGUAAUCCCAAGGAUAUUGAUAGUGGUUGAUUCAAUUAUAAUAAUGGCAUUAAAUGUCAAGGAGUGAUAGCUAGAUUCUCCCUGGUUGGAUAUGUUUGUUACCGAAUGUUUAUGUGGUACAAAUGUUAUUUGCCACUUCUCAGCCCUAGCCUGAAUAUUUUCCAAGUCCUGCUUCAUUUGUUCAUGGACUGCUUCAGUAUCUGAGGAAUUCCAAAAGAAUUCAUAGUAUCAUACAGUACAGAAACAGACCUUCAGUCCAACUUGUCUGUGCCAACCAAACAUCCCAAUCUGACCCAGUGCCAUUACCAACAUUUCAUGCACAGCCCUGUAAACCGUUCCUUUUCAUAUACCCAUCCAGAUGCCUUUUAAAUGUAAUUGUACCUACCUCCACCAUUUCCUCUGGCAGUUCAUUCCAUUCACGUACCACCCUCCAGUUAUAGACUUCCCCAUGCUAGAAAAAAAGAGUUUGGCUAUUCACCCUAUCUAUGUCCCUCAUGAUGUAAUAACCUCUAUAAGAUCACCCCUCAGUCUCCUACACUCCAGGAAAACGUGCCCCAGGCUACUCAGCCUCUCCCUGUAACUCAAACCCUUCAGUCCCAGCAACAUCCUUGUAAAUCUUUCCUGUGCCGUCUCAAGUUUAACAACAUCUUCUCUAUAGAAGGGUGACCAGAAUUGUACGCAGUAUUCUAAAAGUGGCCUUACCAAUGUCCUAUAGAACUGCAACGUGACAUCCCAACUCAUUCAGAACCACUGAAAGCAAACAUGCCAAAUGCCUUCUUCACCACCCUGUCUACCUUCAACUCCCCUUUCAAGGAAUUAUGUACCUGCACCCCUCAAACUCUUUGUUCACCAACACUCCCCAGUGCCCUGCCGUCAACUGUAUAAGUCCUUGCUUGGUUUGCCUUAUCAAAAUGCAACACCUCAAAUUGAUCUAAAUUAUACUCCAUCUGCCAGUUCUUGACCCAUUGGCCCAUCGAAUCAAGGUCCUGAUGUACUCUGAGAUCAUUUUCUCCACUGUCCACAGCAUCAUGUAUUUUGGUGUUAUCUGCAAACUUACUCACCAUACUUUUUAUAUUUACAUCCAAAUCUUGUAUAUAAAUAACAACAAGCAGUGAACCCAACACCAAUUCUUGUGGCACACCGCUGGUCACAGGCCUCUGUAAUUUCACAUUCCCCUUUCUAACUCCUGAUUAUUUCCAUUCUAAGACCUUUUCUUACCUUUAUGGAUGAGUACCAGCUCCCUGUACUUUCCAGAGUGUCUCUCCCAGCCUUGGGAGCUAGGGAAGGUAGCAGUGUCAAAUCUGAGAUCAUGGAACACAAAAUCAAGUCUUUUUAUCAAUCUUAAUGACCAGGCGCAGUGUGUGCCCCACUGCAUCUCUCCACACCUUUGAUAAGCAAAUAGAACAUCCUGCCUGUAGACCUGGGGUUUAAGUGUAAAUCCACUCAGUAGAUAUAUAGAGGAGGUUGACAGGACUGAUACCCUUGAAUCAGUGUAUUGGCUAACGUGGGUUGGUUGCACUGACUGGGCUUGUUUCCACUGGAGCCUCGAAGAGUGAGCAGUGACUUGAUUGAUGUGUGUAAAAUAAUGAAUGAUCCUGACACAUGGAUAGGGUGCCACAGUGGUUUAGUGGCUAGCACUGCUGCCUCACAGUGCCAGCGACUCAGGCUCAAUUCCACUCUCAGGCACUCGUCUGUGUGGAGUUUGCACGUUCUCCUCGCAUCUGCAUGGGUUUCCUCUAGUGCUCCGGUUUUCCUCAUGUAGUCCAAAUAUGUGCAGGUUAGGUGGAUUACACAUGCUAAAUUGUUCAUAGUGUCCAGGGAUGUACAGGUUAGAUGGGUUAGCCUUGAAAAUGAGGGGUCACAGGGACAGGGUAGGUCUAGGUGGGAUGCUGAUCAGGGGGUUGGUGCAGACUCAAUGGACCGAAUGGCCUGUUUCCACACUGUGGGGAUUUUAUGAUUCUGUGACAUGAAAGUGAUGUUUUCCUCAUGUUGUCCAGUCUGGGGAACACUGUUUAUAAAUUAGAGAGUCACCCUUUCAAGACAGGGGUAACCUCAGAGUGUUGUGCAGUUUUGCACCUCGCUGCCUUAUGUGGCCGAGGAUUCAUUCAAUAUUUUUCAAGAUUGAGGCGUGAAAUUUCUUGUUUGGGGGUGAAUCUAGGUUUAUUAGGGGGACAGGGGAAUUAGAAUGUGCAAUUCAAAACGCAGAUAGAUCAGCCAAGAUUUUCUUGGACGGCAGAGCAGGUUUGAGGAGCUGAAUGGUCUACUCCUGAUCUUAUUUAGUAUGUCUGCAUGAAACAACAUGGUCAGCAUGACCAUUGUCAGUUUUCUGUUGUACUGUGCUGUGGGCCUGUUUCAUUGGGUCAUAGUCUCACCUGGACCAAGAAGUGAUGGAGAGGCGUCCCACUUGAGAUUCAUGAGCACAAAGACAGUCCAGUGCAGCAUGGAAGGUGUGUUGCAGCUCCAAAAGUGCCAUUUUUAGCAUAUGACAUUACAUCAAGGGCCUAUCCAUCAUUCUAGUCGAUGUAAAUUAAUCCAUGGCCGUUAUUUCAAAGAAGAACAGUGCAGUGAUCUCCAGUGCCCUGCUAAAUAUUUAUCCCACAAUCACUAAAGUGUGCAUCUGAUCAUUAUCACAUUGCUGCUUGUGGAGUCCUGCUGUCCACAAAUUGGCUGCUGCAUUUCUUGCAGUCUGAUAGCUACUUUCAAAAUGAAGUCACUAAUUGUCAUAAAAUAUUUGGGGGUGUGCCAAGGUUGUGAAAGGUGCUGUGUAAAUGCAAAUCCCUCUUUUCUAAGUAUUUUAAUCACAAUUAAAAAUCUCUGAUGCUUUCUGCCAGUGAGACCUGUGGUGUUAUAAAAUGUGGGUGUAUAUUUUGCUCAUGUCAGCUGUGACUGUGUAGAAUGGGGAUGUGGAACAUGCUGGUCUUUGCGUGGAGAAGGGUUACAAGGCAGUUGUAUUUGUCUGCAAGAGAGAGUCUUGUGGCUGGCAGCUGGAACCACACAGAUAUCCUUGUGGCUAUGAUUGAGAGAGCCAGAUCAUUAAAAAACACAACUAACAAAUUAAAAAUAAAAAUCUCAACUGCAGCCACAGCCUGUUCAAAGUCUCCUCUUACCCUUGAUCUGAAUCCACUGAAUUAUCUCUGCUGUCUUAAUGGGUAACUAUCGUCUGUCUAUAUUACAACAGUGCUCAGAGCUGUGGAUCCUCUAUAUAAUCCCUGUCUUCUGGAGAGGAAGCUAUCCUCUCUCUCAUCACAGAGCCCAAAGCUCCGAAUUGCUGUAU